AUGGAACAAAUAUUGGUCAAGAGGCUGGCUGACAUAGAGGCAGUGAUGAGGUGCAUACCAGGAAUGCUGAUCCCCACCAAAAAGAGCAGGCCUCACUGCUAUGCCGAUUCGCCCUUCGUGGAUGCGAUCGCACUAGCCGACAUGCCCCACAAAUUCACUAUCCCUGGCAUGAAGCCCUAUGACGGAACAAUCGACCCAGAUGAUCACAUAGCCUCAUACAAGCAGCGAAUGUUCACUAUCUCAAUACCCCGAGCGUUGAGAGAAACCUACAUGUGUAAGAAUUUUGGUUCAAGCUUAUCAGGUCCAACUCUUCAGUGGUACACCAAUCUCUCGAACGAUUCCAUCAACUCAUUCGCACAGCUCACCGACACCUUCAUGGAGCAAUUUGCCAACAGCAAGAAACUUGAGAAACUAUCGGCCGACCUGUAUAGAGUAUACCAGAGAAUGGGGCAGCCGCUGAGAGAGUACGUCAGCAGAUUCAACAAAGAAAAAAAUUUCAUUCCUUCCUGCAACCCCGAGACAGCCGUAGACGCCUACAGGAAUGGUCUCCUCCCAGAUAGAGAAUUAUACAAAAAGCUGACAAAGCUUGGCUGCACCACGAUGGAGGACGCAUUGGCUCGAGCAGUGAUUCAGAUAAUGUGGGAAGAAGACGAGAUGAAUAGGGCAGUACACGCUAGGUAUGACCCAAGGCGAAAUGAUAGGAGGCCAGAACUCGGAUCAAUUGAACCCCGUUACCAACCCCCUCCACAUAGCUAG